AUGGCAGUCAGCACUCUCAACAUGGCACCGUAUUUCACUGGAUACCCUUUUCAAGGACAAGGCCGCGUGAAUCAACUCGGAGGUGUUUUUAUUAAUGGACGUCCACUACCAAAUCACAUUCGCUUAAAAAUUGUAGAAAUGGCGGCAGCUGGCGUUAGACCAUGCGUAAUCUCGAGACAGCUAAGGGUUUCGCAUGGUUGUGUAUCAAAAAUCUUGAAUCGAUAUCAAGAAACAGGAUCGAUUAGGCCAGGUGUAAUCGGUGGCAGCAAACCACGAGUCGCCACACCCGAAGUCGAAGCAAGAAUCGAGGAUAUGAAGAGACAAAAUCCCGGAAUAUUCAGCUGGGAAAUUCGCGAGAAACUGAUAAAGCAGGAUGGUAUUUGCGACAAAGCUUCCGCGCCCUCAGUUUCCAGCAUUUCGAGGCUUCUUCGCGGCCCUACGAAUCAAACUCGUCCUGGAGAUGAUCCUCGAAGAAAUCAUUCCAUCGAUGGAAUACUCGGCGGUAGCAGUGGCGACGAUUCAGACACAGAAAGCGAACCAGGAAUUGCCCUGAAGAGGAAGCAACGUCGAAGCAGGACUACAUUUACCGGCGAACAACUUGAACAACUUGAAGCAGCUUUUCACCGAACCCAGUAUCCAGAUGUUUACACCAGAGAAGAAUUAGCUCAAAAAACGAAUCUGACGGAAGCUCGCGUGCAAGUGUGGUUCAGCAACAGACGAGCCAGGCUUCGCAAGCAACUGAACAGUCAACAGUUGAACGCUUUCAACACAAUGAGCUUGCAAUCCUUUCAAACACAGCACUACGGUAGCAGUGCUGAAAGUUAUCAGAGCUACGGCCAAGCAUCGGUAGCUGCGGCCGCAGCAACCACGGCUGGUUAUCCACAACACUACAACUAUAGCGAGAAUUACUAUGCUGCUCAGCAACAGUGGCCAAGGCCGACCGCUGACAACUAUGGGUUAUUCAAUGCCUCUCACUACGGCAGCAGCAACCUCGCCUCUAACUUAACUUCCAGCAACCUGAACCUGGGCAGUUUAAGCGGUAGCGUCAGCCCUACAGCGUCGAAUAUGAGCGCCUGCAUGGUUCAGGGCGCAUCGUCGGCAGUACCAGCCUCAACAGGGAUAAAUCAUCAUGUGACACCGCACAGCCCUAGCGAGGCGAAGAGCGGCUACCCCUAUUUGGGCGGAAUAGAGUCCCAGGUCUGUGGCAGAGUUCACUGA